AUAAAAGAAUUUCGGACCUCUUCUUUUUUCAUUAAACUUUUGUAUAAUGCUAUCGCAUUCUUUCAUUAAGAUUUAAUUAUACUUCUCAAUUUUACUGUACAAUAUUGUGUGGGAGUAAAAAAUUGAGGUUAUAGAUUUAGCUUGAAACGAAAAUAAUUUAGCAAAUAUAGACUAUGAAUAGACUUAAAUGUGAAUGAAAAUCCAGGCAAAAUGGCACUGCUAGGCGCUCAAUUAGUUAUCACCCUGAUUAUGGUAUCAGUGAUACAGAAGUUGGGGAGUUAUUCGUUCGCGAGAUGGUUGUUAUGUUCGCAAAGGCUGUACAGGUAUUUGUAUCCUACGAACAGUGAGUUGAAGAGUUUGGCGGGAGUGCCGAAGGAAACUACGAAGGCUAGGAAAGGGAGUAAACAUGAGUCGAAUGGGAAGCCGGAGACAUUCCAUGUGCCUCGGAGCCUGGACAUCCAGCUGGAGACGGCGCCCGUGACACCGCUGGACGUAGUACACUUGAGGUUCUACACAGAAUAUGUGUGGAUAGUUGACUUCUCUCUGUACACUGCAAUUGUGUAUAUUAUGUCUGAGGUGUACACAUCAGUAUUCCCUCUGAAGGAUGAGUUCAACCUGAGCAUGGUGUGGUGUAUACUGGUGGUUCUGUUCUCAUUUAAAAUCCUACUAAGCCUCACAAAGCAGUACUUCACAAGCGAGGAAUCCAUCGGUGAGAGAUCAACCUGCAUCGUCGCGUUCUGCGUGUUCCUGCUCAUAGCUAUGAUGGUGCUGAUCGUGAGUGAAGCUAACCUGGAAGUGGGGGUGGACCCAGCGUAUGACAGCUUCUAUGAAAAUGCUUCCAAGUUCCUUGAGAAUCAGGGAUUGUCUUCUGUGGGUCCAGCAUCAAAGUUAAUCCUAAAGUUCUUCUUUGCUGUGUGGGCUGCUAUAAUCGGGACACUUUUCACCUUCCCUGGACUGAGAGUUGCCAGGAUGCACUGGGACUCACUUAGAUAUUACGGAGACAACAAAGUGAAACCCUUACUACUGAACUUUAACUUUGCCAUGCCAUUUGUACUGGUGUUGUUGUGGGUGAGACCCAUUACAAGGCACUAUCUCACUGUGAGGGUGUUCAGCGGUAUGGAGAAACCACUCAUGACAUCAGACGCCUUCGACACUCUCCGCCUGAUCCUCGUGGUGGGCACGGUGGUGACGCGGCUGGCGCUGAUGCCGCGGCAGCUGCAGGCGUACCUCGACAUGGCGCAGCGGCGUCUCGACGUGCAGAAGAAGGAGGCCGGCAGAAUUACCAACAUUGAUCUGCAGAAGAAGAUUGCAUCAGUAUUCUACUACCUCUGCGUAGUAGCACUCCAAUACAUUUGCCCCAUUAUAAUGUGUCUAUACAUGGCACUCAUGUACAAGACAUUAGGCGGCUACACCUGGACCGGAUUGUUCUAUGAAAGUGAGGAAGUGUGUGCGAUGAGCGAUAAGGUGGAAGGUGUUACUGAUGCCGUGGAUGGGGAAGGCAUAGAACAGUUCCAGCUGGCUUGGGAGAAUUUGAAAAUGGUAUUCACAGUAGACGUCUACCGAGGCGUGUUCGGGUUCGCAACCUGGUGGUGCUGCUUCGCGUGGUUCCUCACCACCUCGCUCGGCCUCGCAUACCAGACAUAUUUCAGGAUCUCGUGAUACCCACACACUCACCAUAGAGUUCUAGUCACGUCUGCAAUCAGGUUGAGCGGGAAAAUAAAAAACAUUGGUUGUUUGUAAGGUUAAAUGAAUGAUACAAAGUAUAAAGACAGAUUUUUUAUUAGUUUUAAUCUGUACGACGUUUGAGUAGGCUCUUAAGGUUUAAGAAUCUUGAAAGGAUUUUUUUCACAAAUGCAUUAAAUACCUAAUUGUUAUUUUAUGUAUUUAGGUACCUCGAUUUUUUGCCGCAUUUUACUUUUAAACAGUGUUUAAAUAAAAAAUCAUAUCAAGAUUGUUGAUCUUUAGCUAAGGCCCACUCAAAAAUGGAGUAGGUAUAACUAUUUAUUUUGCCAGGCAAAUUGUCUACACACUGAACUAUAAAUCUACCUAAUCGGAUUUUUACAGCAAGCUACAGCUUUAUAUUGUUCAAAAAUGUUUGCAGAAAAUAGCAUUGAAAUUGUAAAAAUACUCUCUAAAUGUAAAAAUAGACAAAUUGGCAGCAACUAUGUUUUACAUGUACAGAAAUAAAAAUACUACAACAAAAGUAUCAUUGACCCAGUUUUAUGAAGAAUAUUUGUGAAGAGUCGUCGUUUUGUUUCGUUACCAUAUUAAUUUUGUUUUCUUUUUCUGUUCACAAAUAGUAGUGUGGUCAUUGGGUCACAUUGCACAAAGUCUACACUUUAAUAUAUUUAGUUGGUUUGCAAUGGGUUAUGUUCAAGUGUGAUUCCUAUGUACAAAGUUUUGAUUGCCGUACCGUAGUUGUAUUUUGAACUUUUUAAUUACAGAUAAGGUUGUUUGUUGAUGUGUUUCUUUGGAGUGAUGCAACAUAAAAUAAUAUUACAACCUUUUUUACGGAAUCUCAUUCUGAGUCAGCGUUUUUCAGAAAAAAUAAUUGUCAUGUUAUAAAAGGAAGUAAGGAACAGGUUGUUAGAAAUCUAUGUGCGAAAAGAAUGGAAUUAAAAUAAUAAUGUUGUAAAGCCUACAUAAUAAUUCUUUACACGAGCACAAAAUGCUUCCAACUGAAGUUAGAAUCUAGAAUAUAAGGCGCAUGUUGUAUUAGGACUGUUUUAUUUAUUUCUUUGUAUUGUAUUGGACUGUUUUUUCUAUUAAAAGGUUUAUAAGAA